UGUGUUUUAGUGUGUGUGUCUGUAUUUGUAUGGGUGUGAUGUUGCGAUUUUUGGCUAAAGGGCAAUUUCUUCAAUUCUAGUAAAUUUUUAAUGUUUUUCCGCCUUUUCGAAACAAUAUUCGAGUUAACUAGCGUUACUAAUUACACUGAUAAAACUCUACCGUGCAUACGUGCUAUCGAAUCAAUGGUGUCUAUAAUUUAAUCCCGUUCGUGUUUACACUGCGUCUUCGGUGGUUCGUUUAUAUUCGCAAUUCCAAUUCGACUCGAAUUAAAAUGAAUGCCGGUAUUCAAGGAGGGCUGAGUAAACUCAAAAAGAAACAUUUUCGAGUCAAGCAUCAAAAAGUCAAACUAUUCCGAGCCAAUGAACCAUUGUUAUCAGUUUUCAUGUGGGGAGUAAAUCACACUAUCAACGAAUUAAGUCAUGUAACGAUACCAGUAAUGCUUUUACCUGAUGACUUUCGAGCCUACUCAAAGGUGAAGGUGGACAAUCAUUUAUUUAAUAAGGAAAAUAUGCCGAGUCAUUUUAAAGUCAAAGAAUACUGUCCGUUGUUGUUUCGAAACUUACGUGAACGAUUUGGUAUCGAUGAUUUGGAUUACAAAGAAUCAUUAACCAGAUCACAAGCAAUCGCAAUCGACUCUCCGGGCAAAUCAGGAGCUAAAUUUUAUCAGUCGUAUGAUAAAUUAUUCAUCAUUAAAUCUCUCACACGGGAGGAAGUAGAAAGAAUGCAUUCGUUUUUGAAACAUUACCAUCCGUAUAUCGUUGAAAGACACGGAAAAACAUUGUUACCACAAUAUUUGGGAAUGUAUCGUUUGACAGUCGAUGGUGUCGAAUAUUAUCUAGUCGCUAUGCGUAACGUAUUCAGUAGUCAUCUUGCUACUCACAGAAAAUUCGACUUGAAAGGCUCAACUGUCGACAGAGAAGCGUCGGAUCGUGAGAAAGAAAAAGAUCUUCCGACCUUUAAAGAUAACGACUUCGUUAAAGAAGGCAUGAAAAUUUAUAUAGGAGACGAAGCUAAAGAGAAAUUAUUGAAUACGUUGACUCACGACGUCGAAUUUCUAACUAAAUUGAACCUGAUGGAUUACUCGUUGUUGCUGGGCAUUCACGACUGCAAUAGAGCCGAACAAGAGCGCGCCGAACAACCUCAAGACAACGGCGAUAUCGGCGAAGACGACGAAGACAGCGAGGACCCUGAAAGAAUGCAGUGGUGCUCAACACCUCCUGAUUCACCGCACACAUUGAUGCGCGAGAUCAGCUUGCAAUACGACAUUACUAAUAUUAUUCCAGAACUAGAUAUUUACGCGAUUCCCAGCGCAGAUAAUGCUCCGGUCAAAGAAAUCUAUUUUAUCGCUUUAAUAGACGUUCUAACACACUACGGUGUUAAAAAACAAGCUGCCAAAGCAGCCAAAACCGUCAAAUACGGCGGCAACGUGGAUGGCAUAUCGACCUGCGAUCCCGAACAAUACGGCAAAAGGUUUAUUGAAUUUUUAUCAAAAGCUAUCGAAUGAUAUCGAUAGCCAUGGUUUUUGUGUUACCCUUCAAUAUUGGUACUUUUCCUUUCUUUCUUUCUUUCUUUGUUUUUAUUUCCUCCAUUUAUGUAUGAUUUAGUCAGUAUUUACGUAUUAUAAGUGUAGGUUUUUCUUCUAUUAGAUUAUUUGCCAAAGGUACCUCGUUAAUCAGAGGUUAUACUUUUUUUAUUACUCGACGAAAAAUCACUCUUUUUUUUCGUCCAUUGGAAAAAUUUCUCGUUUACAAAUAUGAGUAUUAUAUUUGGUGUAGAAUAAUCGGUACGAUUGUGCCAGUGUAAAGAGAUAGAAAAAAUUAGUCGAAGACGGAUCAGUAUUACAGACUAUUAUCACUUUAAAGGAAAAAAAAAGUGUCUCAAAUAUCAAACUAUAUCUUAUAUAUAUACUAUAAUAUGUUUAGAUCCAGUUGUUACAACUUUUUUUUUUUUGUUUUUACCAAAUCAAAGUUUAAGACGUGUUUUUUUUUCUUUGCUGAAUUGUCGUUGAGAACAAGAAAAGAAAAAAAACCGGUUCCUAAUUUCAUAAGUACUCUUUUUCGGUGUGUACGAAGUUAAAGCAACAAAUUGAGUAAUGUUCAACAUCACUACUAGCCAUUUAUGUAAUCGUAGUAUUAUCGAGAAGAAGAGUUUAAAAAUGUACCCUGUAAGCAAAUGCAUUUGAUAAAUCGCUAUAUUCUUAAGGUUCUAUUUUAAGCAUGAAUGUGAUUUUGAUAUUUGCAAUUACAUAAUAUCUUGUUCUUUUCGCCGCCUACAAAAUACGUGUUAGCACGUAGAAAUGGCUUUCGUUUAUGAAACGUUUUUCGCUUUUAAAUUGUAGAAAUUACGCGCCGAGAUUUAUUUCUACCUUUAUAUGGAAUUUAUUACGAUCAUAUAGAAUGUAAAAUAAACAUUAUUAAAAUAACGAAAA